AUGCCCCCAGCACCGGGACGCAUCCAGUCCCUCCCAAUCAAGGUUCUGUACACCAUCGACACAUCCCCCCAGUCCUUCCUGGCCGUCCUCUCCGAUCGACACGACGUCCCCGAAUGCGUCCCCAACAAGUCCUCGCUCGACUUUUCAGUGUACAACCUCGAGCACACACUGCCUACUCAGCCGCAUGGAGGUGCCCAGCGACCGCAAGUGCCUGCCAGGCCAGCGAGCUGGACGGGCAAGGGCUUCCUGUCAUGGGCACUCAGCGAGAGUGGAGCCGGUACGACGCUGGCCCGUGGUCGUCUUGUUCGCGAGUACGAGUUUGCUGCGACCCAAUUUGCACACGGCGGCGGCCUCGAGGGUCUCAUGGCGGCUGCUAGCGCCGGGCAUGACGAGGAAGCGGACGGCAAAGGAUGGGGACUCGAAGUGACGCUCACUCUCCGCCAACUCAAUCCGGAGGGCAAGAGCGAGUUUGCGCAUCGCAGAGCCUUCUCAGACAUGCUCACUCAUGGAGGCAGGAGCUCGGCCUCUGCCCCCAUUGCCAUCGCCUCCAGCCCAGUCCGCCCUUCCACCCGCAGCAGUGACCCUCCGCGGACCCGUGACGGCGGGUUUGUUCGCCCAGCGCCUCCCAUGCCCAAACCUCCAUCACCAUCACCGCUGCGUCGCUCCACGCCAGUGCACGAACCUGUUGCUGGUCCAUCACGUACUGUCAAGGCCAUCCCAUCCCGCCACCGUGACCGCGAUAGCUCGCCAACGCCAACCCGCAACAACUUGCGCGAACGCCAGUGCACCCCUCCUCCCCGACCCAUUGAUGCCUCAACACUUCGCACCCCUCCUCAGCCAUCUCCGUCUCGCGCCGCUCUCCUCAGCAUUCUCAAGAGGCAAGAUGGUAAAAUGAGUCCUGAUAUGGUCCGCCAGCUCUCGACCAACAGCUUCUUCCAGCGUCUCGUCAAGGCCGUGCCCGCUGCAGGGUCACCCGAGGCAAAAGUACCCAGGUCGUCUCCCAGGUCCACGACUACUGGUGGCGGAUCUGGUAUUCCCGGUAUUGGACCCAUGCCUGGUCCUCCGCCGCCUGGUCCUCCUCCAAACCACUCACGUUCCACCGCGAUGGCUGUUCCAGGAUCAGAUGCGCCAGCACCCAGCUCGGACGCUUAUCCAUGGUCCGGUACGCCGACGUCACUUACCGAGCCCCCGUGCAACAACUGUGGCGCCACGACGUCUUCGGGCCAGUGGAUGACCAAGAAGCUCAAGGACGGGUUAAUCACACGCGUUUGCAAUGCGUGUGGCAUCUACUUUAACAAGCACAAGCGCAUGCGUCCCUCAGACUUGUGGGAUAAGGACGACGAGGUUCGCCCAGAACAGCCCAUCAUCCGCUCCUCGCCCCGGCUCAACCGUACGCGCCAGUUUGACCACCAACAGCCACCUCCUGCCCCACCACCCGUGGAGCCACUUCCUGUUCCACCUGUGGCGGAGUCGCCGCGCAAGCGCCAGCGCACUCGCGCACCCGUGCCGUCGCCGUCACCGCGCAUGGCCACGCGGGCUAGUGCACGUGAAGCUGGCAAGGAACCCGCAUCGCCAACCCCCGGUGAUGGCGUCCCCUCUCUCGAUUUCGCUAGCCACUUCCCGUUCAACGGUCACAAUAACCCUGCCAACGCACACGCGAGUGGUAGCAGGCACCCAGUGCACAACACCCAGAAUGGUGAUGGGACGACCCAUAACGCUGAGGAGCUAGAAGCCCUGUUCCUCCAGUUUGCAGAUGACGAGGCAGCAACCUCGGCCGACGGGAAUGUGACCUUGGAGGCCCUGUUUGGCAAAGAGGACACGGAGGGUAUCAUGGAACUGCUGAAGAGUAUCGAGGCUGAGAGCAGCAGCGCGCCGCCUACGAGUGAGGUGUAG